GCUCCUGACCAAGCUUUGGGUGAAAGAACUAAUAAAUGCUCCCCAGCCGGGAUCCCUGCACUCCGGGUCUCGACGGGAGGAGACUCAGGCCGCGCUCCAGCCUCGCCCCCUCCCCGCCGGUCGUGGCGCCCUGAGCCCCCUUUCCCGCGCCCCCAGCUGCGGGGCGGUUCGCCCAGAAUCGCGGCCAACUUUUCCGCCCUGGGCUUGGGAUCCUGGACUCGGGGGCCUCCAGCCUGCCCCAUUCCCGGGUGCCCUCUCCGGCCGCCUCCGGACUAGGAGACCGAAGCCCCCUUCCCGCGUCCCUCCCUCUCUCUCCAGCCCUUUUGGGGAGGAGCUCUUCCUGCUCCGGAGAGUUCCCGGGGUCACCGCCUCGCCGCUCUCGCCGUCCUGGUCGCCUUCACCUGGAUAUAAUUUCCGAGCGGAGCUGCCCCAGGAUGACCACGCUGGCCGGCGCAGUGCCCAGGAUGAUGCGGCCCGGCCCGGGGCAGAACUACCCACGCAGCGGCUUCCCGCUGGAAGUAUCCACCCCACUUGGCCAGGGCCGGGUCAACCAGCUCGGAGGGGUCUUUAUCAACGGCAGGCCGCUGCCCAACCACAUCCGCCACAAGAUCGUGGAGAUGGCCCACCACGGCAUUCGGCCCUGCGUCAUCUCCCGCCAGCUGCGCGUCUCCCACGGCUGCGUCUCUAAGAUCCUGUGCAGGUACCAGGAAACGGGCUCCAUCCGUCCUGGUGCCAUUGGCGGCAGCAAGCCCAAGCAGGUAACAACGCCUGACGUGGAGAAGAAAAUUGAGGAGUACAAAAGAGAGAACCCGGGCAUGUUCAGCUGGGAGAUCAGAGACAAAUUGCUCAAGGACUCGGUCUGUGAUCGAAACACUGUGCCCUCAGUGAGUUCCAUCAGCCGCAUCCUGAGGAGUAAAUUCGGGAAAGGCGAAGACGAGGAGGCGGAUCUGGAGAGGAAGGAGGCAGAGGAAAGCGAGAAGAAGGCGAAACACAGUAUCGACGGCAUCCUGAGCGAGCGAGGCUCAGCACCCCAGUCCGACGAAGGCUCUGACAUUGACUCUGAACCAGAUUUACCGCUAAAGAGGAAGCAGCGCCGGAGCCGGACCACCUUCACAGCAGAGCAGCUUGAAGAACUGGAGCGUGCUUUCGAGAGAACCCAUUACCCUGACAUUUAUACCAGGGAGGAGCUGGCCCAGAGGGCAAAACUCACUGAGGCCCGAGUACAGGUCUGGUUUAGCAACCGCCGCGCACGAUGGAGGAAACAAGCUGGGGCCAAUCAACUCAUGGCUUUCAACCAUCUCCUUCCGGGGGGAUUCCCUCCCACUGCCAUGCCGACCCUGCCAACAUACCAGCUGUCGGAGACCUCUUACCAGCCCACGUCUAUUCCACAAGCUGUGUCGGAUCCCAGCAGCACCGUUCACAGACCUCAGCCACUUCCUCCAAGCACCGUACACCAAAGCACUAUUCCUUCAAACCCAGACAGCAGCUCUGCCUACUGCCUCCCCAGCACCAGGCAUGGAUUUUCCAGCUAUACAGACAGCUUUGUGCCUCCGUCGGGGCCCUCCAACCCCAUGAACCCCGCCAUUGGCAAUGGCCUUUCACCUCAGGUAAUGGGACUCCUGACCAACCAUGGUGGGGUGCCUCAUCAGCCCCAGACGGAUUACGCACUCUCCCCUCUCACUGGGGGCCUGGAACCCACCACCACGGUGUCUGCCAGCUGCAGUCAGAGACUAGACCACAUGAAGAGCUUGGACAGUCUGCCAACAUCUCAGUCCUACUGUCCACCCACCUAUAGUACCACAGGCUACAGUAUGGACCCCGUUACAGGCUACCAAUAUGGGCAAUAUGGACAAAGUGCCUUUCAUUAUCUCAAGCCAGAUAUUGCUUGGUUUCAGAUACUUUUGAGCAUGUUGGACAAAAGCAGUGGAGAAGAGGAAGAUCUGGGACAAUUGAAAAACAAAGGCAACAUUGUAAGGCAAUGGCUUAACCUGGCUACAUAUCAAAAUAUCCCAACUCUUGAUUGCCGAAGAUCAAGGAGCUGAAGCAUUCCAUUUUGUGUGUGUAUGUGUGUGUAUCUGAGAUUUAUCUGGACUGAUCUGAGCAAUCAGAAUGUUCUAAAAUAUAGUAGGAGAAUAUUCUAAAGUAUAACAUGUUGGAUGUCCAAGGCUGAUACUUCGACAACUUUAAAACUGCUCACUUAAUGAAGCAGGAAUGGAGGAAUCCUUGACUUUUACACACUGGAAAUUGAUAUCAAAAUAAUUGCCACCAUAUCUUAGGAAGCUAGACUAGAUGUAAAGGACCUCCCAAAUAAAUUAUUUGUUAUUGUAUCCUCAUUUGUAAUCUAGUUGUCAAUACAUGUGCUGGACGCACAUCUUGCCAGUAGGAUGUGGGGUAACAGGAAGGAAAGCUUGUUUUCUUUUCCAGUUUUGGGAGAGGGGUAAUGUUUUCCUAAGUCACAUUCAUUUGGAAGCCAACCUGGGCAGGGAGAAGGGCAUGGUGGAGAGGAGGUGACAGGCAUUCACUUAUCUGCUUAUCGGUGUGCAAUACUGUGUACCUCACAGAUGCUUUGGCCAUGGCCAAGGUGACAGAAACAAAAUCAGAACUAUAUUUUUGCAGGUGCUUUUAUUUUUGCAGCCCGUAAUUCAUUGUGGUAGAAUACAGUGAUGUUUGCUAUUUGCUGGACAACUGACCCCUGGCUUGCUCCUUUGAUUAGAGACUAUGUUACAGAAUAAUGCUUUUAAAAAUGAUUUCGUUUACAUUCUUCUCUUUUCUAUGAAAGACAGGGCAAAAACAGGUCAUGUGGCUCUCAUGUACUUUUAAAUUAUACAGUGAUAUCCAAUAUUAAAAGAUUAUAGGAACUGAGGUUUACAUAUGUAUGUGUGGUGACAUUUCAGAAUGUCAAUAAAUUUGUUCUUUGAAGUGUUAAGAGGAACAAGAAGGUGGGAGGCAGUGUUAUUUAUUUCUUCCUAUUCUCCGAACCGUGAAUGAGGUAGGCACAAAUCCAUUCCUGUUAGUGGUGAGAACUAUGACGUAGUGAGUUAGCAAACCUAGGCUUGGUGCUGAGUUUAGUUCCUGUAGUGGACAAGGGUGAUAGAAAAGAGAAGUAGUAUCUUUGUGUUGCAGCCUCAGUCAACAACAAUGUGUUGUAAAAAUGUCUUUCAUGUAAAAAGUGCAGUAAAUAUUUACUAUUUAUAAUGAAUAAACAG